AUGGAUACUGCGUCCGUAAUACGGUCUUCCUGGUCGCUCUGGCCCUGCACUAGGGCCGAGGCUAACCAACUGGAAGUGCCGCUGGGCCUGGUAUACACUCCGUUCGCGCUGAGCCAGCCAGUGCAGGUCGUGAACUACGAUCCGGUCAGGAGUCGCCAAGGUAAUACGAUUCUCAGCCCCGUGUGCCACGUGGACUUCAGAGCCAAGGUAUGGAAUGACCCGAUUUCGGGUGGGAGGAAUGCGUUCCCUCCAUUGUACGCAAGUCAAAUAUCGGAGCAGAUGCUGCCGGCUGAGUUGACUCACCCGGCGAUGGAUUACGUGUUGAAUGGGUCCACGAAGACGAGGCCGACUGUGUUGUUGGUAGUGGACACGGCAUUGUACGAGGAGGAAUUGGAGGCGUUGAAGGACUCUUUGCAACAGGCGAUUACGUUGUUGCCGAGCGACACACGAGUGGGGUUGAUUACGUACAGCACGAGUGUGAACAUUCAUGAGCUGGGUUUCAGUCAGUGUGUCAAGAGCUACGUGUUCCGAGGCAACGCGGAGGUAACUCAGAACGACAUGAUGCGUCAGUUGCGUAUCCAUAAGAACAAGACCGGCGGCGCUGUGAGUGAAGCCGAAAGGUUUAUUUGCACGCUUGAGAAUGUCGAGAACACCUUGACCAAGAUCUUGGAUGACCUGAACCCAUCCUCCUGGCCUACUCCUCAAGACAACCGACCUGCUCGUUGCACUGGAGCCGCCCUAUCGGCUGCCGUGGGCCUAAUGGAACUUCUCGCAUAUCAACAACCUGGUCGCAUCAUGCUAUUUUCAGGAGGAGUGUGCACCACUGGACCAGGCAUGGUUGUCGGUCCCUCUCUAGCGGAUACCAUCCGACAACACCAGCACAUUCAAAAGAGCACCAAGGAGGCGAGCCUCUCGGGUCCGGCCUGCGCGUUUUACCGAGGACUCGCAUAUCGCGCGAUCCAGAGCGGACACGCGAUUGACCUGCUCUGCUGCUCGCUCGAUCAGACCGGGUUGUAUGAAAUGAGGAUCUGCAGCGAGCGCACAGGUGGACUCUGCGUCAUGAGCGAUACCUUCUCGCUCAACGUCUUCAAAGACAGCCUACGCGAAGUCUGCAGGGCUGCCGGACCCCAAAGCGCCCAAGCCUACAACGUCAAGGUCGAAGUCAUGUGCAGCAAAGAAGUCAAGGUCGCAGGAGGCAUUGGCUGCGUCACAAGCACGCAGCGCAGAAGCGCCUGCGUUAGUGAGAGCGUCGUCGGCGAAGGUAACACCUGCGAAUGGGUUUGCGGCGUUAUGGACGCUAGCUCCUCGCUGGCUAUAUAUUUGGACGUGGUAAACAAUAAUGCCGCUUCAGUCAAGAACAAAAAUGGUUAUGUCCAAUUCCAAGUCUCGUACAUUCAUCCGAAUGGAGAGCGCAGAAUUCGUGUGCACACGAUUUGCUACCAAUUUUGUGAUGGCGGAAUUAUCCAACUAGGUAGCGGCUUCGAUCAGGAAGUUGCCACUUGCCUCAUGGCGCGCCUGGCCGUGUACCGAGCCAAUAAGCGAGAGGAUGAUAACUACUCUGGCGGCAAUGCCAUAACCAGUUUAUUCAAUACCAUCACUGGCGGCAGCGGGAACACUGCCAACGCUGUGCCUGCGUCCUCAAGCGGCAGCGCUGCGCCAGUCGAGGACCUGAUCGACAUCAUCAGGUGGCUGGACCGAAAGUUGAUUCGGCUUUGUUCUGUUUUUGGAGAGUACGAGAAGGACAAGCCGGACACGUUCCAGCUGAAUGUAGAGUUUGAAUACUACCCCCAAUUUAUGUACCAUCUGCGCAGAUCACCUCUUUUGGACUUGUUUAACUCCAGUCCCGAUGAGACGGUGUACUAUCGGAUCUGCUUGUUAAAGGAGACGGUGGCGAAUACGAUGACCAUAAUUUGUCCCAGCUUGCAACAAUAUACGCUGAACAGCAGCCAGGCUCAGUAUCAGGGGGCUCAAUACCAACAGGGCGAUUCGAGCAUCGCUCCUGUGCCUUGUCUCUUGGAUUCGACGUCGCUGAAGAACGAUUGCAUCUUACUGAUGGAUGACUACUUCCACGUGAUCAUCUGGCAUGGUUCACUGAUCAACAAGUGGGUAGAAAGCCAAUAUCACCUGCUGCCCCAAUACCAGAACCUAAAGGCUCUGUUACAGCUACCCCAGAUGCACGCAAACCUGCUACUCAAGUCCCGAAUCCCUUGCCCGAAGUUCAUUUCUUGCAAUGCUGGCGGCAGUCAGGAAAGAUUCAUUCUCGCCAGGGUGAAUCCUUCGAGCACGCACAAACAAGGAGCCGGUUAUGACAGUUAUGGCGGCGCAGGGGACGACGGUCGAGGAACAGCCAUCUUGACUGAGGAUGUCAACAUGAAAACGUUCAUGGAUCAUCUUAUAAAACUGUCCGUCUCAUCCUAG